UUCCAACAUUGCAUCUCACCGCACAAAAGCGACACACGCAUCUGCAGUACAAUGGCAGACUCGGGCCCAAGCAGCGGGCCGUCGUUCCAGCGGGCAUUGGUGGCCGGCGCGGCGUCCGGCCUAGCCGUCGACCUCAUGUUCUUCCCCCUCGACACGGUCAAGACGCGUAUCCAGUCCUCGGCGGGCUUCUGGGCCUCGGGCGGCUUUCGGGGCGUGUACCGCGGCGUGGGGAGUGUCGGUGCGGGCUCUGCGCCAGGUGCGGCCGCCUUCUUCGUCACGUACGAGGCGCUCAAGCGGCACUUGCCGGAGACCUUGCCCGAGCUCAAAGAGAGCCCGGGGCUGAACCACAUGUUGUCUGCGUCUGGGGGCGAGUUUGUCGCAUGCCUCAUCCGAGUCCCCACCGAGGUGGUCAAGUCGCGUGCCCAAACGGGCGCGUACGGUGCGUCGGCAUCCUCGCUCGACGCGGCGCUCAAGACGCUGCGGUACGAGGGCCUGCGGGGCUUCUACCGCGGGUUCGGGAUCACGAUUGCGCGCGAGAUCCCCUUCACGUCGAUCCAGUUCCCGCUGUACGAGUACCUCAAGCGACAGCUGAGCGCGCGGUACCUCGACGGCCGGCGGCCAAACUCUGCCGAGGCGGCAGUGUGCGGCUCGAUCGCGGGCGGCACCGCGGCGGCGCUGACGACCCCGCUCGACGUCGUCAAGACGCGCGUCAUGCUCGAGGCGCGCAGCACGCCCGGCGGCGGGCCGGCCCCGAGCCCCAGCGUCCUCAGCUUCCCCGGGCGGCUGCUCACCAUCCUGCGCAACGAGGGCCCCUCGGCGCUCUUCAGCGGAUGGGUGCCGCGCACGCUCCAUAUCGCGGCGGGCGGCGCAGUCUUCCUCGGCAUCUACGACUUUGCAGUCAACUUUGGGCGGCCGGACACGGCGGCGGCGGCCGAGGACGCCGCGGCAUAGAAGAAGAGGUAUAGAAGGUAUAAAGGCAGAGUUACAGACAGCAUCAUACAAUUCAUCUUGCAUGGACGCUUGCAUGGGCG